UCCAACACCAAGGUGCAGACCAGCCUAGAUCUGUGAUUCAGAAAUCAGGAUUUGUCUUGGAAAGAGCUCAAAGGUUGAGAAGAACUCAAGAGCAAGUGAAGAUAACUUUGGGAACUACAGUUUAUCAGAAGAUCAACUUUUGCUCAUUCAGAUACCAAAGGCCUGAUUAUCAUAUAUUCAUAUAGGAAUGCCUAGGUCAUCUGAUCAAAUACUGUUAGCCGUCUUCUGCUACAUCCAUGCAGCAAAAACUCUUAACAACUGUGGAUAAUUGGAAAUCUGAGUUUCAGCUUUCUUAGGAAUAACUACUCUUGACAUAGUCCAAAAUAUUUAAAAUAGGGCAAGAAAAUCAGUGAGGAUGCUGUGUUCAGAAAUGUCACUGUCAUGAAGAAUAGGUAAAUUUGUUUUUCAGCUACUGGGAAAGUAUACCUCCUAGGAACUUAGAUCUUUUUUUUUUUUUUUUUUUUAAGAGGACAAGAAGGACUAAAAAUAUCAACUUUUGCUUUUGGACAAAAAUGCAUCUGACUGUAUUUUUACUUAGGGGUAUUGUGGGUUUCCUCUGGAGCUGCUGGGUUCUAGUGGGUUAUGCAAAAGGAGGUUUGGGAGACAACCAUGUUCACUCCAGUUUUAUUUAUAGAAGACUACGGAACCACGAAAGACGGGAAAUACAGAGGGAAAUUCUCUCUAUCUUGGGUUUGCCUCACAGACCCAGACCAUUUUCACCUGGAAAGCAAGCUUCCUCUGCACCUCUCUUUAUGCUGGACCUGUACAACGCCAUGGCCAGCGAAGAGAACCCCGAGGAGCCGGAGUACUCUGUGAGGGCGUCCCUGGCAGGAGAGACCAGGGGAGCCAGGAAGGGCUCCCCAGCCUCUCCCAAUGGGUACCCUCGCCGCAUACAGUUGUCUCGAACGACUCCCCUGACCACCCAGAGCCCUCCUCUAGCCAGCCUCCAUGAUGCCAACUUUCUCAACGAUGCUGACAUGGUCAUGAGCUUUGUCAAUUUAGUUGAAAGAGACAAGGAUUUUUCUCACCAGAGAAGGCAUUACAAAGAAUUCCGGUUUGAUCUUACUCAAAUUCCUCAUGGAGAAGCAGUGACAGCAGCAGAAUUCCGGAUAUACAAGGACCGGAGCAACAGCCGCUUUGAAAACGAAACGAUUAAGAUUAGCAUAUAUCAGAUCAUCAAGGAAUACACAAAUAGGGAUGCAGAUCUGUUCUUGUUAGACACAAGAAAAGUCCAAGCUUUAGAUGUGGGUUGGCUUGUCUUUGAUAUCACUGUGACCAGCAAUCACUGGGUGAUUAAUCCACAGAACAAUUUGGGCUUGCAGCUCUGUGCAGAAACAGGAGAUGGACACAGCAUCAGCGUGAAGUCGGCCGGGCUCGUGGGAAGACAUGGGCCGCAGUCAAAACAGCCGUUCAUGGUGGCCUUCUUUAAGGCGAGCGAGGUACUUCUUCGAUCUGUGAGAGCAGCCAACAAACGGAAAAAUCAAAACCGCAAUAAAUCCAGCUCUCAUCAGGACUCCUCCAGAAUGUCCAGCGUUGGAGAUUACAACACAAGUGAACAAAAACAAGCCUGUAAGAAGCAUGAACUCUAUGUGAGUUUCCGGGAUCUGGGAUGGCAGGACUGGAUUAUAGCGCCAGAAGGAUAUGCUGCAUUUUAUUGUGAUGGAGAAUGUUCUUUUCCACUCAAUGCCCAUAUGAAUGCCACCAACCAUGCCAUAGUUCAGACUCUGGUCCAUCUGAUGUUUCCUGACCACGUACCAAAACCUUGCUGUGCGCCAACCAAGUUAAACGCCAUCUCUGUGUUGUAUUUUGAUGACAGCUCCAAUGUCAUUUUGAAAAAAUACAGAAAUAUGGUAGUGCGUUCGUGUGGCUGCCACUAAUAUUAGAUAAUAAUGGGAAUAAGGAAAAGAUCUGUAUUAAGGUUUAUGACUACAAUAAAAAAUAUCCUUUCAGAUAAAAGGGGAAUUUCAUGCAAUUAGUCUGGCUCAUGUCAUCUC